CUCACACACACGACACGACUCUGGCAUGACUCUCGGGCGAGUAGGAAUGCCUUCCGGGUGCCGUCUUCUACGGCUUUCAUAGAUACUGUAGAAAGGAUCAGGGCGACAUGAAAUGAAAUUACGUCUACUUCAAGCUUCUUUACUCCCUGCACUGGUGUGACGAACUAUUUGUGAUAUUCGUAUAUGCACCGUUGACCAAGAGGGCCGAGCUACGGUCUGGGUUGAGAUGAGGUCACAUCGGCCUUCCGCCGGUCUUUUCUACCUCGUUUCGUUUGGGUCGGGCCUGGUUCUAUCUCGAGACAUCCAAGUGGGCGAAGUUCCCGAAUCGCGAAGUUCCGGUCUCCCUGUCAGCCAACAUGUGCCUCAUCAGGAACCCAUUGCUACCGCCAGGACCAAUGCCAUAGAUGGCCUCGCCCAGCAUCCGAAGUUGCAUAAGGAAGUAAUUCGUUUAUCGCGGUUUGGCUCACCAUUGUUAUUACGUAUGUGGUCUUUCUCGCACUGCAACCCGAAUUCCUCGGUCUUCCUUAGCACAACGAUCAGAGGACGAUAACCAUGGAUGAAAAACGCCAUGUCACAGUAUAGAACUAACUAGUAAAUCGGCAAUAGGGCGGGGCGGACUCGCGGUCAGAAGUGGG